UUAAUCAUCUCAAUUUCACACUCUUCAAUGUCACGCCAUUCACAUAUAAUCACGUAAAUAUAUAUAUACGUAAUUAUCCGCUCAGGGAUAAUCACUAAUACCAACUAUAGUUCACACAAGAAAAUCGUGAAAUUCAUUUUGUAUAAUUAAAAUCAUUUUACUUACCUAUGGACCGUAAUUGAUCAAGUCCAUAUGAUUUUAAAACAAAUAUUUAUUCCAUAAAUAUUUUCACGCAAUUACGACAAAAUAAGGUAAUUAAAUUUAUUCGGUUCGUAAUAUGAACCACGUGAGGUUUACUCACCUCUAAAUUCCCGCUGCGUCUUCUUAACAGCUCAAAAUACAAUUUCACGAAUCGUCCGCCAAAUCAAACCGUCGAUCACCUAAUCAAACAUGACCUUAACUUAGCAAAUAACUCAAAAACAUAAUCAAACGACAAUCCAACGGUCGGAUUGAAAUUAAAUGAUGAUCCAACGGUCGGAUCCUCACGGAUCGCCUUCCUAAUCACUGUUUUGCAUUUAUACGAAGAUCCAACGGUCGGAUCUUCGCCCAUGACUACACAAAGCCACUGGGACUGUCAUAAGAUCAUCAUAUCAAAACUACAAGUCCAUCUGACGGUACUAACUUCACAGAUCACAAAUCUAACGAUCGAAAUCGAUCUAAACUUAAAAAUUCAUAACUUAAUCAUACGAUAUCCAAAAAUUGCGUAUAAUAUAUCGAAAUGAUCGUAUUGAAAUAUAGAAUCUGAAAAUGUACAGAAACCAUAUUUUUGAUCCCCGGAGGUGGCCGGAAAGGGCCGCCGGAGUUAGUGGCAGAGCCGCCGCCGACCACCACCAAUGGUGUCGGGGCCGGGCUGCUCUUCUUCCUCUCAUCAUGCUUGACAACUUUCAUAACUAGCACGAAGUCUGAAAAUGACCGGAAGGGGUCGAAAAUUACCUUGAACAGUAUGAAGGUGGCCGGAAUUUUCCAGAAACCGGCGAGAAACUGCAGAAAACGGCGAGCUCCAAUUCGACGUAAAAACGUCAAUUUAAGGCUUCGAUUCCUUCUGAAGAGUUGUUAAGAAACUCAAGAAGAACUCACUGGUUCAAGAAUCACAGAAAAAUAUGGUCUGUAGCUCGAGAUAUACCGAUCGAAAGCUUCGGUGGUCGGAAAAAUUCCAGAAUUUUGCAGAAUCCGGCAAGGCUUGAUUUCGACGUCAAAACUUCAAUUUCAGGCUUCGAUUCCUUCUAGAGAGUUGUUAAGAAACUCAAGGUGAGUUUACCAGUUUAAGAAUCACUCAAAACGAUGCACUACAACUCGAGAUAUACCUAUCAAAAGCUUCGGUGGUGGUGGAAAAUUUCCAGAAUCCGGCGAGCUCCAAAAUCGACGUGAAAAUUACAACCUCACGCCUCGAUCCCUUCUGGAGAAUUGUUCAGAACUUCCUUAUGAACUCAACAAGCCAAGAAUCACAAGAAACGAUCGUGUAUAGCUCGAGAUAUCUUGAUCCGAAGGUUGGUUGUUCGAUCCGCACGGGUCGAGCUCCGACGAACGUGAAAACGUUCGAUCCAGUUCCGAUCCUUCUUGGUGCUUGUAUAGGAAGAUGAGGCGAGCUCAAUGAGCCAAGAAUCAAGUGAAAUGGUGCUCUGUAGCUCGAGAUAUCGAGUUUGGAACGAAAACGAGCUAAACCGGACUCGGGGUCGCCGCCGUCGCUGCCGGCCGUGCCGCCGCGCAAGGUUACCUCCGGUAGCUGCGCAAGGUCGAGGCGAAGCCGUGGAAGGUGGUCUGAGGUUGUUUGGUGGUCUGUGGUGGACGGUGCAGCACGAUGAACAAAGCUCUGUUUUGUUUCUUCGACUGUGACGAGAGGAAACGAGAGAGAGAACGAGAGAGAAAUAGAGAGGAAAGGAAUUAAGUUUCUGCUGUCGGUCGAUCGAGUGUCGGCAACAAUUCAUAGUGCUCUAAUCGACAAUCAUCAUGAAAGGUAAAGAAUGAAAUGAUCAUGUUCCUUGCUUUUGAUUAAUUAUAAAAAUCCGGUUAUUACAAGUAUAUAAGUUGGAAUGAAAACUCAAGAACACAAAACUCAAAUCGGCACUAUUUGGCGGGACUGCUCUGCUCCAUGCGUACUCUGUUAAAGCCACUACUAGCACAAAACCCAUGUUACAUCUUAGACUAUGCACCAAUUUUCCAGUCCUUAACUGGCCAAAACUUGUUGAAGCUAGGCCAACAGGUCCACAACCAUAUGGUCCUGCGUGGCCUCGAACCCAAUGCCUAUCUUGGCGCCAAAAUGGUUGCAAUGUACGCCAGCUCUGGUGAUCUUGACUCAGCUGUAAAUGUGUUUCAUAGAGUGAAGUACCCAUCUCCACUUUUGUAUAAUUCGAUUAUUCGGGCUUAUACUCUUCAUGGUUACUCUGCGAGAACUAUGGAAAUUUAUGGUCAGAUGCAGUGUUUAGGCCUAAAGGGUGAUCAUUUUACCUACCCUUUUGUGCUCAAGUGUUGUGCAGAGUUGUCGAAGAUUUGGAUAGGGAAAUGUGUUCAUGGGCUGAGCUUGAGAACUGGGUUGGAGUCUGAUAUGUAUGUUGGGACUUCUUUGAUUGACAUGUAUGUGAAAUGUUGUGAGAUGGGGAGUGCACGUAAGCUGUUCGAUGAAAUGUCUGUGAGAGACGUUUCGUCGUGGAAUGCGUUGAUUGCCGGGUACAUGAGAGAGGGUGAGAUUUGUUCUGCUGAGGAGUUGUUUGGACAAAUGAGGUGCAAGAAUAUUGUGUCUUGGACUGCUAUGAUAUCGGGGUAUGCGCAGAAUGGGCUGGCUGAGCAGGCAUUGAGUGUGUUUGAUGAGAUGUUGAAGAAAGAUUCGGAGGUUAAGCCGAAUUGGGUGACGGUAAUGAGUGUUCUUCCUGCAUGUGCACAUUCGGCUGCGCUAGAGCGGGGGAGGAAGAUUCACAAGUUUGCUAGCGGGAUUGGUUUGGACUCGAAUGCUUCCAUACAGACCGCGCUGGUAGCUAUGUAUGCUAAAUGUGGGAGCCUUUCUGAUGCUCGUCAGUGUUUUGAUAGGAUUCGUGGAAGCGAGAAGAAUUUGGUUGUAUGGAAUACUAUGAUCACUGCUUAUGCAUCCCAUGCACGCGGAUCAGAAGCUGUGUCCACUUUUGAGGACAUGGUGAGAGCCGGUGUUCAACCUGAUCAUAUAACAUUCACUGGAUUGUUAUCUGGAUGCAGUCAUUCAGGGCUUGUUGAUGUUGGCUUGAAAUACUUCGAUGGCAUGGAGACAAUAUACUCUGUUGAACCAAGAGUUGAACAUUAUGCUUGUGUUGUUGAUCUAUUGGGUCGUGCAGGGCAAUUGAUGGAAGCAAUGGAUGUCGUAGAUAAAAUGCCAAUGCAAGCAGGGCCAAGCAUUUGGGGUGCACUGUUAUCAGCUUGUCGAAACCACCCAAACUUGGAAAUUGCCGAAACUGCAGCCAGAAAUCUCUUCAUUUUGGAACCAGACAACAGUGGCAACUAUGUCCUGCUAUCUAAUAUAUAUGCUGAAGCUGGCAUGUGGAAGGAGGUGGACAAAUUGAGAAUUCUAUUAAAAUCUCAAGGGAUGAAGAAGAGCCCUGGAGGCAGUUGGAUAGAGGUCAAUGGGAAAGCCCAUCUGUUUCUUGGUGGAGAUACAUCUCACUCUCAAGCAAAUGAAAUUUACAUGUUACUGGAGGAGUUACCGAAAAGGAUGAAGGCAGCUGGUUAUGUACCUGACACUAGGUUUGCUUUGCAUGAUGUUAGUGAAGAGGAGAAAGAACAUAACCUUACAACCCACAGUGAAAAGCUUGCCAUUGCCUUUGGACUUCUUAAUACCGAUCCUGGAGCAGUUCUUCGUGUGACAAAGAACCUUAGAAUUUGUGGAGAUUGUCAUACAGCCACCAAGUUCAUAUCUAGAAUCUAUGGGAGGGAGAUUAUCGUAAGAGACGUGAAUCGAUUCCAUCACUUUAAAGAUGGGCACUGUUCAUGUGGAGAUUAUUGGUAACAAAAAGGAGCCUUCCACAUGAAUCAGAAUGUGUGAAAACGUUUGAAAGAUGUCAUUAACCGCAUUCAGAUGGAUAUAACAAAUCCCCAGCGACACAUCCUGCUUCGACAAUGUUGCCAAAGGAAGAACUAGAGCCAGGUUCGAAGCUAUAUUACGAUGUUAAUGACUGCAACAAGCUGAUCAUUCUGGCUUCAGAACUGGAAGACAUUCAUGAACCUUUAGAAGCUGAUGCAAACCAUGGUUUGAUCGGCAGAGAGGAAGCUCUUGUUUGCUCGUUGUUUUCUAACUGACAUCCCAGAAAUCCUCAAAGACCAUGAAUUUUAGCUAAUUUGAAAUGGUGGUGGCAGUAUCCGAGUUGGGUCAUUCAAGUUCGAGUGACAUAUUCAGCCUUGUUUUGCGAAGUAUAAGAUUUUUGAUGGGUAAGACGAAAUAGAAGAAUGCUUGAGUUGCUGGAGGUGGUACAACUCCUGUGAGCUAAGGUUAGAUUCUGGUCCAUUUUAUGGGCCUUACUUUGAUUGUAAUUUUAUUUGACAUAAAUAAAGCUUUUAUUCUCAUCAGCAAAAGC